UUGUAUAUACCUAUACGUAGUUAUAGGGCGGUUGCGCCGACUGCUUAACCAGUAAUAAACUAGCUUGCGAACUAGACGGUUGUUUCACUCAUACACCUCAGUGUCGAACGAGGAUUCUGAAGUACCCGCGCUAAGUGAAAAAAAAAAAUGGCUUAUUUUGGAAAUUUAGCGAAUUUCGAUCACAAAACUGGUGAAUGGCAGAUAUUUCACAGCAAAUUAAAGCAAUUUUUUGUGGUGAAUAAAGUUGUGGAUGAAGAGGACAAGCGCGCCCUUUUGUUCACUCUCAUGACAGACGAAACCUACCGCUUGUUACGUAACUUGGCUCAUCCAAAGGAAUUAGAGGAGCUCGAGUUCAAAGAGCUAGUGAAAUUACUCGAUGGCCACUUCAAGAAAAAGCAGUGUACGUACGCUGAUAAGGCCAAGUUUUAUGCUGCGACGAGAGUACCAAGCGAGACUUUAGGGGACUGGGCGGCGCGAUUAAGAGGAUUAGCAACUUAUUGCAAUUUUGGCGCGGCCCUGGAAGCGAAUUUAGCAGAUCGUUUCAUCCUAGGCUUGGGCUCGGGGCCCGAGCGUGAUAAAUUAUUUGAAAAAACGGCUACCCUUUCGAUGGCGGAGGCUCUGGAGAUUGCAGAGAAAGCGGCGGUCGCUAGGGAAGCGAAGACGGAGAUGGCGGCAACUGUCAAAGAAGAGCCCGUAUUUUAUGGGGCUAGUGGUAAUGGGCACGGCCGAGGCGGCUGGAACAAAGGGCAUCGCGGCCGUAGCAACAGCGGUGGCGGAAACCGGCCGGCCGGAGGCGACCAGGGGCAGCGAGAUGAUUUCCGUUGUGCCGUUUGUGGAAUGAGAAACCAUGAUGUAGAUAGUUGCCGUUACAAGAAUUAUCGAUGCCAGAAAUGUGGAGUUAUAGGACAUUUGAAAAAAGUAUGUAAAAGCAAGAUUUCGCGAGUGAACUGCAUCGCCACUGAACGGGAGGAAAACGUGACCGAAGGAGCUGAGCAGUGUUGUAGGGAGUGCCAAAACUUUAAUUUAAGGAGCUGAAUGGAAGUGGGGAGAGCGGCAGCGGGACGCCGUGCGCGCGGUGCGCCGCGAGCUGGCCUCGGAGCGCGUGCUGGCACACUUCGAGCCCAGCGCGCAGCUGGUUCUCAGCGCUGACGCCGGACCCGGGGGCCUGGGCGCUCUUUUGGCACAACGAGCCGCCGACGGACAGGAGAGACCGCUGGCGUUUGCAUCCCGCUCCCUCACCUCCAGCGAACGUAACUAUAGUCAGAUCCAGAAAGAGGCGGCAGCCUUGAUUUUCGCGGUAAAGCGUUUUCAUCAAUACCUAUACGGCCGUAGCGAACCAUUCGUUCUAAAAACCGACCACAGGCCGUUAGUUUCGAUUUUCAAUCCCCAAACUGGAAUAUCAGCCACGACAGCCUUACGUCUUCAGAGGUACGCUAUUAUAUUGUCGGCAUAUAACUACACUGUGCAAUAUGUUUCUAGCAGUAAUAACUUAGUAGCAGACUAUUUUUCCCGCGCGCCCGUGGCGGACACGUACAGCGAUAGUGAUAAGGAAUUCGAUUCGUUAUGUGCACUAAAUUUUUUAGAUUCGGUUUCAUCGGCGGUAACCGCGCAUGAUAUUAAAACUAUUAAAAGGGCUACCGGGGUCGAUUCGACUCUUCAAACGGUAAUUAAAUAUAUGAACAAGGGUUGGCCGCGUAAAAUCAAUUGUAAAUCGGUCCAGCCUUAUUAUAAUUGCAGAACCGAUUUACAAUUUGAAAAUGGAUCCUUAUUGCGAGGGCACAAAGUCGUAAUUCCAGUAUCACUCAGGGGUCGCAUGUUAAGCGAACUGCAUAGCACGCACUUAGGUAUUGUUAAAAUGAAAUGCGCAGCGCGCAGUAGGAUGUGGUGGCCGGGUAUCGACCGGGACAUCGAGCGCUGCGCGGGCGCAUGCCAGGCUUGCGUGGCGCUGCGGCCGGCCCCGCCGCGGGAGCCGCCCGCGCCGUGGCCGCGCGCGCCCGGGCCCUGGCAACGGGUACACAUCGAUUAUAUGACGAUAGGGCAAAGGGUAUAUUUGAUUGUGGUCGAUUCUUAUAGUAAAUGGGUGGAAUGUCUACACAUGCCAAAUGGUACUAGCACACAAUCAUUAAUAGCGAAAUUAAAGUACAUUUUCUCAGUAUUCGGUAUACCUAAAGUUUUAGUAUCGGAUAACGAUGUAAAAAUUCAUUGCGCUGAAUUUAGGUAAUUUUUUCUAACAAUGGUAU